GAUCGACGGGAAGGGGAAGCGCCUGAAUCACACACAAAACCUUUACAAUCGGAGUUGGAGAAAGCAUAAAUCGGGGGGAAUAUGAAGGGGAAUUGGUCAAUCAUCCGUCAGGUUUUACACCGCCGCUUCUCCACUCUCCGUUCCUCAACACCAUCGUCGCGAUUAUCCACUUUGUCCAGCUCCGCCCGACCUCUUAUGUUGGUCCCAAACUCGAUGUCAUCGCUGAUCACUAGUAACUCGUUGUUUACUGGCUCCACUAUGGGCCGAUCCAUUGAUUUUAACUCCUCCAACACUUCUCCUCUUCUCCACCGGAGAAACCUUUGUUCGGAAGCUGGAGGUGAGAAAGGUGUUGUUAUAGUGAAAUCAGAGGAAGGAUUCAUCGAUGCAAUGAGCAAAGCUCAAGAUGGAUCUCUACCGUCCAUCUUCUACUUCACUGCGGCUUGGUGUGGACCAUGCAAGUUUAUCGCUCCUGUAAUCACUGAGCUUAGUAAACAGUAUCCCGAUGUAACCACAUAUAAAGUCGACAUUGAUGAGGAUGGGAUUUCGAACACUAUCAGCAAGUUGAAUAUCGCAGCUGUGCCAACACUGCAUUUCUUCAAAGGAGGCUUGAAGAAAGGCGAGAUUGUGGGUGCAGAUGUCACAAAGCUGAAGAAUCUCAUGGAACAGCUCUACAAGUGAAGACCCAAUGCGGUCUAGUAAUGAACAUGUUGAGUAGUUUGCAAGAUAGUUUGAGAGUGUCCAAUCAAAUCAAGGUUAAACAUUUAUUUAUUUCGUUUACAACAACCAAGCCUAUGUAAGUUUUCUCCUAAUAUUUGUUGGAUUGGUUCAUAUGAGUCAACCGAGGAACUGAGGGUGGAGGAAUGUAAGCAGCAAAGUAUGAUCCUCUUAAAAUUUAAAUUAUAAUUGCGCUUAAUGCGUUGCCUUUUGUGUUAAAA